GGCAACUUUCAAUUGCAAGACGCAAAUCGUAAACCCGAAAAGGCAAACUUGAAAAAUGAAAAUCUUCUCGCUUGGUGGUGUCCUUACCCUCUCCGCCGUGGCCAGUGUGGCUCUAGGUGCUCCUCAAUUGGAAUCUCGCCUGCGCCGUGAUGUCUCGGAACUGGUGGAUCCCGCUGCCGUGGAAUACCUGCCUCCUUCGGUCACCGAGGCUGUCCUCCUGAACGCUGAGCCCGUGGAGGCUGAGCCUCAGGCCGAUCCUGCUGCCCUGGAAGCCGAUUCGGAGGCCACUGUCCUGGGCGAUGAGGGCUACGAGUACCGCACGGUGCGCCGCCUUAAGCUGCGCCAUCGCAACCGUCGUGAUGUGUCCCAUUUGCAGCCAGCCAGGCAGUAUCUGCCACCCAGCACCGCCUACUUGCCACCCGCCCAGGAGGCGCAGGCUGCCCCCGAGGCUCCGGCAGCUGCAGCUCCACCAGCCGAUGACACCGAGGAGGUGGUGUCCGCCGCCGAGCCCAAGGUGAACCGGGAGUACCUUCCGCCCACCGAAGCUGCGCCAGCGGCUGAGGAAGCCACCGAGGCGGCUGCACCCGAGGAGCCAGCCGAUGUCCGUGUGGUGGAUGUGCCCACCGUUUCGGGGCAACUGCUCCAGGAUGGCUACCACUACCAGCAGCCGGCCGAGAUGCCCGCCAAGCUGAGGGAGGCCGCUCCCGAGUAUCUGCCUCCGAUCGGCGGCGAGGAGGUCAUCGUGGAGGGUCCGGCUGGAGGCGAGAGUGCCGUCCUGGGCAGCGAUGGCUACCAGUACCGUGCCAUCAGGCGUUACAGAUUUUAAAUUUCUCAAUUUGCCAGCGAUUUGCUCACGUUUUGUUCCACCUUUUAAUUGUUGUUGAUG